AUGAAACACAAACAUGAAGAUAACUCAUCUGAGAAUUCAGCAAAAAGAAAGGAAUUGAGCCAAAAACUAAAGAAAAAAUUACCAUGGCCGUCAUCUAUUGAAAAGACAGAUGCUCUCAAGGAAAUUACCACCAACAUCAAUACGCUGUGGUCUCUCUAUCAGCCAAUAGACUCUGAACCCGAUACCUUCAAUCAACCUCUGAUAUUUGGAAAGAAUCUGCAAAAUAUUCAACCGCAUAAGAUGACAGUUUCAAAUUUUGUCAACACCGUAAAGACAAGGAUAAAAGAUGAUACUUUUUGUCCUGUCAAGUAUACCGAUAAACGUGGAUAUCGCUUUUUUUCUCUUCUGCCUGUUUAUUUGUUUCAAGGAAAAUCGGUUCAGAUCGAUGCUCAUGCGUUUUGGAGACUACUUUUCGGUUUCUCCAAGAUUGGAUUUAGAGCCAGAAAGAGUCUUUCUAAUGGCAGAAAGACAUUAAGAGCGUUGUAUAUUCUGAUGGCUAUUCAAUAUCAUUUCUGUUCUCACGAGUCUCAAAGAAAAGCAACUCUAAUGCCUCUCCCAAAAAAAAAGCCGCCGGAUUUUCGUAAUGAAAUCGAAAAUGGAUGUCAAGUCUGGGCCCUGGACCCUGGGAUAACAGCAGUAUUGCAGUGCAAUGAAAGCGUUUUCAAGGUUAUUUGGAAUUGCGAUGUGAUGGCCGCAAAGAAUAAUGGCGCUCGCCUGUCCCCGUUCCUACGCCCUCUAUUAUAA